CGGGCACACUAUGCUCUGUCUUUUUCCUUCCGUUUCCCUUUCUUUUCCCUUUUCACGUUUACGUGACGGUCGUGUAACUCAGUGUUUGCAAACCAAUCCCAGCAAUGGUGCGUAUGAACGUAUUGGCCGAUGCCCUCAAGUGCAUCAACAAUGCUGAGAAGCGAGGCAAGCGCCAGGUGCUGCUGCGACCCUGCUCCAAGGUGAUCAUCAAGUUCCUGACUGUGAUGAUGAAGCACGGCUACAUCGGCGAGUUCGAGAUCGUGGACGACCAUCGGUCGGGCAAGAUCGUGGUCAACCUGACCGGACGCCUCAACAAGUGCGGUGUCAUCUCGCCCAGGUUCGAUGUGCCCAUCAACGACAUCGAGAAGUGGACCAACAAUCUGCUGCCCUCCCGUCAAUUCGGCUACGUCGUGCUGACCACCUCAGGCGGAAUCAUGGACCACGAGGAGGCCAGGAGAAAACAUCUGGGAGGAAAGAUCCUCGGCUUCUUCUUCUAGAGAGCCACGGAUGAUAGAAGAAGAGUCAGUCUGUGUGAGGAGUUGAUAUGAGAUUGACGUUUUAUUUCACCGACACACAAUAGUACAUCCAAAACACGUUUUGUAUGCAAACCAGGGGCGAGAACGCAUCUACAUUCAUUCAGACAACACACGACAAUGAAUGUUUUGUUCACAAAGAAACACGAAAUAAAAUGAUUGAUACAUAAUAA